AUGCCCAGUGACGACACCUCUAACCAGAACCGAAAUUCCGCUCCCUCCGAUUCCCGCCGAUGGCCCGAUGACGAGACCGCGUUGGACGCUGUCCGCCGUUUCGCCGACGAACAAGUCUCGUCCGUGCUCCAGUCGGUGAUGGGCAUCCCCUCCAUGUCCUCGCGGCCCUCCCGCGACCACUGGGCCAUCUUCGACGAGGAAGCUUUCCGCAGGAGAGACGGCGGCGGCGACGCGAAGGGGGACAACCAUGCGCCAGGUACAGCGGACAAUACCGACCACCACAACCAACGCCACAACCGCUAUCCCGCGCAUUCUUGGACUGACUGGGAGGAUCAAUGGUACGCAGAUAACCAUCCCAGAUGGCGCAGAAGCGACCGAGACAGCAUCUUCGACUUUUUCUUCGACCGGGCCUCCUUGUUCGACAGCCCUUUCUCCUCCCACUUCUUCCACCCCUUCCACCGCUCCCUGUUCUCAGACUUCGCUAGCAAUUCCUUCGGUUGGCCCUUCUCCUACCUCAUCUUCAGUCCUUACUCCCCCUUGCACCUGGAACGCCAGAACCAGUACCACUCCCACCACGACAGGGGUGUCUUUUCGUCGCUCAUGUCCUCGUUGAGCCUGUCGUCGGAGAAUGAGAACAACAACCCCGCUACGGAGACCCACUGGCGCGAAGCUUUCGAGGAUCUUGUCCGGUUGGAAAAUGGCAAACCGAUGCUCGACCAGGACACCACUGCGCUGGCGAAGAGGGAGACCCCAAGAGAUUGGUUGUACGGUCUGGCGAAACGGGGUAGUUUGGGCGACCAGUGGAAGAUUUCCGAAAGCGGAAGAGAUGGCCGGUCAAACCCGAUGCUUGUUUUCCACAACUACACCUCGGACCGCGGCGAUGGCAAUGAAGUAUCUCGAGAGAUAACCGCAGACGACAACGAGACCGAAACUUUGACGGAACUGGACAUGUUCGAUCGCUUCUUCGAGGACGCUGCUGCUCGUGAAAGCAAGGCGUUUGCCGAUAUGUUCGAGAGUCCUAUACUGCGCUUGCUGCUGGAGGAUAGACGGAGACCUCGCGAGGCCGACAAAUGGAUGGAGCCUGUGUCUGACAAGCAGAAUGACAACCCAAUCUCUGAGAACCACCAGCAGCAGCAGCAGCCAACCCCAGUGACGGAACCAACUACAACCACAGAACAACCAACCGUGAUCUCAACCAUGACGAGAACCGAGCGUGUCCGACUCCCAGAUGGAUCCACUCAGAAGAAGACCGUCUGGACAAAACGAUUCUCCGAUGGUCGUGAAGAGAGCAACGAGACGACGGAAGUUCUGAACCCCCCUCAUGGACAGAAUAGUACAGGAGACUCUUCAUCCGCCAAUCGGAAGGAGACCGGCUGGUUUUGGAGAGAUUAG